AUGAUUUUAUGUGUUUAUUUGUUAUGUGGACAUAUUAUGUAUUUAUAUAUAUUAUUAUAUCAUAUUCAAAAAAUAAAUAUUGGAAUUGAACUUAAAGAUUGUAUUGUUAAUUUUAUAUUUAUUAUUAUAUUUUCUAUGAAUAAUAUUGAAAACUUUUUUAAAGAUUUAUUAAAUCGAUAUAAAUAUUUUCGUAAAUGGUACUAUGGCCGAGUUGGUCCAAGGCGUGAGAUUUAA